AUGGAGGAAGGCGAUGACGAAGCAGCCGAGCUGGAAGCCGAACUGCUGGACGUGAUCGAUCGAGAGUAUGAGGACGAGUGGAGGUUCAUCGAGUGGGAUCGAUCGUACGAAUCGUUUGCGCGGAUAUGGGAUCAGAAUCACGAUUUCGGUUAUAUGGUGUUUGUAAGGUGGAUAGCCUUCGAGCUUUCGAUGAGGUGCCUACUGGAUCCCUACGCGACGUAUUUGUUCGUUUUAAGCGAGGGUAGUGCCUUCGAAAUGGAGAAGUUGAAGGAAUUCAUGAGUUCGGUUUGGACACGGGAAGGAGUGUUCAAAAUUUUCUUCCUAUUAGAUGAGAAGAUUUUCACUUACGAUCCCUUCAUGACAAAUGGAAUAAGGAAAUACGGAGUGAUGAAGGAGCUGAUCAGCCCUGCAGAUAUCCCAAGGAUUCCUCAGGGUGACUUCAAUGGGUAUCCUAUCAAAAUCGACGUGUUCCGAUCAACGUACUCGGACACCAUCCUGGAUAAACAGGGCAAGGUCGUGGAAUUCAUCGGGGCGGACAUCGAGGCGGGUCGAGCAUUCACUGAGGCGAUGAACUUCACACCCAGUUACCUACCGCCGGACAAGGACGGCUUCGGGUUCAAACUGCCGAACGGAAGCUUCAACGGUGUCAUCGGACGACUGGCCCGACGGGAAAGCGAUACCACCUUCGUCGGUUUCUUCAUCAAGGACUACUUCAGUCGGGACGUCGAGUUCACCACCGGAAUCUAUACCGACGAGCUUUGCUGUUUGGUGAAGAAGGCCAGCCGUGUGCCGGAGUACCUACUCCCGAUCACCAUCUUCCCGGCGGAUUUGUGGACAUUACUCUUCCUGACGGGGAUCUUUUUCUCGAUCACGUGGGUCAUCAUUCGGGCCGGUAUCCAGGCAAAGUCCAGAACCGGCGUGCGGUGGAAUCAAAAAAGUCGGUUGGCCUACCUGUUCAACCUGUCCAAUGACAUACGGGAUGCUCCGUUGUACCGCAAAAUGGUUCAGAUAUGCGUCGAUACGUACAUUCUGCUGGUGAGUGGUCCCUAUCAGCGAUUCACUCGAUCCGGCACCGAACGCCUAAUGCUUUUCGGAAUUAUCAUGGUGAGCUUGAUUUUCGUGUCCAUGUUCCAGUCCAGUUUGUCGUCGGUGUUCUUGAAUCCAGUUUACUACAAGGACAUCGACAGCCUUCAACGGUUGGACGAAUCCGGUGUGCAAAUCCCCGUCAAGUACAAAGGCUUCACGGAUGACGUCUUCCCGGCCAACUACAGCCCGAUGAUGGAUUCGCUGCGAAGUAAGAUGGUCUACAAUCCGAUAAAGACAUCUAUGAUGGAAUUGGUGUCCCAUUCGACGAAGAUUGCCACCGUCACUCGUAGAACCACUCUCUCCCUUGACAAUGCCGUAUUCAUAUCCACCAAGCAGCUGUUCAUGGUUCCGGAGUGUCCACGGUUGUACAACCUGGCGUACGUCGUUCCGCGUCAUUCGGUACUGCUGGAGGGCAUCAACGUGCUCAUUCUUCAGAUGUUGAACGGCGGCCUGAUCAACCACUGGAUCGAUGUGAUGAACUUCAACGUGACGAUCCGGGACUGGGAGCAGAUUCGGAGCUCCCAUGAGGAGAGUUUUAAGAUUUUGACCCUGAUUGAUAUGCAGUUUCCGUUCUAUCUCCUGGCAAUCGGGUUGAUUCUGAGUGGGGUUAUCUUCCUGAUUGAACUAGUGUAUUACAGAAUAUCGACGAUGUCGGCCUUGAAGCGUAGACGCCGAAGGGUCAAGCAGGGAACUCCACGAUUGUUGGGGGUUUUGAAUGGCAGAAUUUAG